AAAAAAUAUAGAAAAAAUAAUAACAAAAUAAAAUAAACAAGAAGAUCUGUGGUGGUAGAUAAUUCUGUUUGCUCGAAAAUAUGUGAUUUUGGGUAGAAAACCUGAUAAGUUUGGUACUUCUAGAAGGAUAGUUGAAGAAAUAUUUGUUUCCAGCAGUCAGCAAUGUCUGAUCAUCAGUUGGAAGUGUUAACUCAGGAAACAGAUCUACUAUCUAAUGAUUCUGAUCAUGAGUGCUCUCAAAGUGUUUGUUCAGAUACUCAUAGUGACAACACAUCAGCCUCUGGUCUUACAGAGAAAAGCACUGUUUCAGAAUCGACAAUACACGCUUUGUCAGGGGGUAGUGAAGGUGAAUUUUCUGGUAGUCAUUCUGCAACCUCUCCAGGACUUGAACCAAAAUCAAAUUUCACUUCUAUAGCUAAUAGAGGCAUAGUAUUGCCAUGGGGGGCUCAAAAAGAGAGGAUAUCAUACUCUGGACAAUACAUGGAGUUAGAUAUGAGACCAGGAGAAUUCGUUAUGAGGAAUCUCUUUGCUGAUUUCACAGUUUUGGCUGAGAAAAAAAUUGAAUCUGUUAUGACAGAACCUCAGGUAAUGGAGAAACCUUUGUCAAAAAGCUUGCAGAGAGGUGAAGAUGCACAAUUUGAUCAAUUACUCAGUGCAUUUGGGUCAGUAGCAGAACAUUGCUUGCCAUCUCUUCUGAGAGCUCUCUUUUCAUGGUAUGAACGCCAAAUGUCUGAGGUUUCUAAUCCUGAACAGAAGAAGUCAGAUAUUAAACAAAAGAGUAUUAUCAACAUUGUAGCUGGUAACACUACAGAGACUAUUGAAAGAUCUGAAGCAGAUAUUCAGAAAGAGAAAAGAGAUUUGGCAGUAGAGUUUAUUUUUUGUCUGGUACUGAUUGAAGUAUUGAAGCAAAUGGGGCUCCACCCAGGUCAUGAAGAUUUGGUUCAGUACAUUGAAAAUUUGGCUCUCAAACAUUUCAAAUACCAUGAAGGUAUUCAGAAUAGUCCAAACAGUGCAAACAUACACAUGAUUUCUGACUUAUAUGCAGAAGUAAUCGGGGUUUUGGCCCAAUCCCGAUUCAUGUCAGUCAGAACCAGAUUCAUGGCAGAACUGAAAGAACUAAGGUCGAAAGAAACGAACCCAAAUACAACCCAAAGCAUUAUAAGCUUAUUGAUGGGAAUGAAGUUCUUUCGCGUCAAGAUGGUACCAAUAGAAGAAUUUGAAGCAUCUUUCCAGUUCAUGCAGGAGUGUGCACAGUAUUUUCUCGAGGUCAAAGAUAAGGAUAUCAAGCAUGCUUUGGCCGGGCUAUUUGUUGAAAUAUUGGUGCCAGUGGCAGCUGCUGUUAAGAAUGAGGUGAAUGUACCUUGUUUGAAGAAUUUCGUGGAAAUGCUAUAUUCUCAAACAUUAGAUGCUAGUACAAAGUCUAAGCAUCGUUUAGCACUAUUUCCAUUAGUGACAUGUCUGCUUUGUGUUAGCCAGAAGCAGUUUUUCCUACAGAACUGGCACUACUUCCUAGCAAUGUGCUUGUCCCAUUUGAAAAACCGAGAUCCAAAAAUGUGCAGAGUUGCUUUAGAAUCCCUCUACCGCCUCCUCUGGGUCUACAUGAUCCGUAUAAAAUGUGAAAGCAACUCCGCCACGCAAUCCCGACUACAGAGCAUCGUCAACUCCCUCUUCCCCAAGGGCUCCAAGGGCGUGGUGCCCCGCGACACCCCCCUGAACAUUUUCGUGAAGAUCAUCCAGUUCAUAGCCCAGGAACGCCUGGACUUCGCCAUGCGCGAGAUCGUGUUCGACUUGCUGUCGGUGGCCAGGCCCUUCAAGAUGAUCCUGACCCCCGAGCGCAUGAGCAUUGGGCUGAGGGCUUUCCUGGUCGUCGCAGAUUCGCUGCAGCAGAAGGAGGGGGACCCGCCGAUGCCCAGGUCCGUGGGGGUCCUGCCCAGCGGGAACACCCUCCGAGUGCGCAAGACCUUCCUGAACAAGGUGCUGACCGAGGACACUGCGCGCAGCAUAGGCAUGAACGCCUACUUCUCGCACGUGCGUCGCGUGUUCGUGGACAUCCUCAGAGCGCUGGACACGCAGUACGGCCGGCCGCUGAUGAUGACCAACACGCAGAACGUCAACAAGGAGCCCGACGAGAUGAUCACUGGGGAACGCAAGCCGAGGAUCGAGCUUUUCAGGACCUGCGUGGCUGCUGUGCCAAGACUGAUCCCGGACGGCAUGACCAGCGCAGAGCUGGUCGACUUACUGAGUCGCUUGAGCGUUCACAUGGACGAAGAACUGCGUGGCUUGUCCUACUGCAGCUUGCAGAGUUUGGUGGUCGAUUUUCCCGAUUGGAGACAGGACGUGCUGUGGGGCCUCACGCAAUUCGUAGCCAAAGACGUGCUGGACACCUUCCCGCAGCUGAUGGACCACGGGCUGAAGAUGAUCUUGACGUUGUUGUGCGCUUGGAAGUCUGCCGUUUCCAAUGUUGCCUUUACUACGGCGACUUUGAGGCUCGGCAAGGACUACAAUGACUUGAGACCGGGUCCUCCAGAUCCCAAUCUCACGAAGCGGACAGACGUAGUCAAAUCAGAACCCCUGUCUUCCGUGCUCCACUUGGUAGAAGCGCUAGCACUGGUUAUGCUGUGCACUUACAGACUGACCACCAGGAGGCUGUCUGUCCUUAUACUGAAAGAGGUCAAGAGUCUGCUGAAGCUUUUGAACUGUUCCGAACAGCCGCCAGUUAUCGAUGUCAUGGACCAGUACUGUUCACAGGUAGUUGAAAAAUGUCUUCCACUGUUACCGCCAGCUGAGAAGAGCGCUAUACAAGCUGUCGGUAAUAUAGAUCUCCAAUGGUUGGCAGAUAGAAACUCGUCGGUAUGGACUGCAGGACUCUUCGAAGAUGGUUCGGUGAAAAACGCGGCCAGCUACAAUUUUUCCGUAGCGGAUCCUUGGAGUGUCUGUUACUUUGGGUUUUUGGAGAGGGACAGGAUUUUGAGCUUGUGCCCCUUGAUGACGGUGCAUUCCUGGCCGAUAGUUUUCACUAGAUUGAAUGCUCUAUACUCAGUGGUUGAUCCAACCCCUUUGAACGAUAAUAGGGCUUCUCUGCUUAGAAGCGCAACUGCUGUAAAAAAACCUCCGACCGAACGUGAUGCCUAUAUGCAUUUGUGGAAAAAUUACAUCACUUACGCCUUUAGGGUGGCUCCGCUUAUUUCCAACCCCAUAGUCAGAUGCGCUAGUCCAGAUCUGAGUUUGAGCUCGUCACCCGAUAGUCUGAACACUGAGAAAAACGAUUGCAAACUUACCCCAGCUAACAUUUCUCCAGUUUCUUUGUAUAAACUGGUAGUGCCCCAUUUGAGAUGCGAAGUGACUGAUAUAAGAGAUGCUGCUGUUUAUGCCCUUGGCAAUAUCAACGGAACUGCUCUAAGAGACUUGUUGGAAGAGUUGGCGGUUUAUAUACGGGAAGCAAUCGAUAAAAAGCAGGAGAACGUCAGAAGAAGGAGAAGAAGAGAUGCGUUGAGAUUGCAGCUCAUGAGGCUGUUGGAGUACAUAGCAGAGAACGGGACUUUGGGCAUAAGUCCGUGCGUAUUGGACAGAGAUUCGCAGUCGCUGAAUCCCGUUCUGGUCGAAUUCGUAGAAGGGGUCAGAUAUUACCUGGAGAAUGAGCCUGACAAGAAUUCGAGCAGCGUGCGCGAUUUGACCCUGCAUUUUUGCUACUUCGUCAGGAAACUGAUAAAAAAUUUCAGCUUGGAAGCGUGUAGAAGUAUCCUGAAGAGAGACCUGAGACGCAGCCUUUUCUCUCUAUUCACGAAUUGGGCUGGUAAAUAUGGAAUGCCUAAUAACAAACUGUCUUUAGAGGGAGAUAUGACGAACAAAAAACACAUUGAGUUGCAAUUCGUCUCUUUGCAAGCCAUGAGCUCUCUGUUGUGUUGCGGACCUUGUUUUGAUUCGCUCUCUGAGGAGAGUUCGUAUUAUUUGUGGUUGGAUGGACUUCUGAACAGUUCGGAAGAAAAGGUUUAUAAUUUGGCACAGGAAACUGUAAUUUUACUGUUGGAAUCUAACCCUGACGUAUCCCCAUUACUAGAUUGGGUGGUAGAUAAGUGCUACACUGGUACCUCUGUCGUAGCAGAUGGUUGCUUCCUAGCUUUAGCAACCAUAUUCAGUGCAAGAGAAUAUCCAUGCGAUCAUUAUACAGCCAUAAUAAACGUGACUUUGAUGAACACAGGAUGUCCAAGACAAGUGGUUAGAGACACUGCUUUGCAGCUGCUUCAGUUAUUGGACAAAAGAUUUUUUGGUUGCGUCGGUCCAUUGGCAGAAAACGAUUUAGCUGAAGGUGACAAGGGGAGAAGUACCUUAGAUGCAAUAUUAGCGACCACUUACUGUCGCUCUCAAAUCCAUCUGUCUCGUCAGUUGGCAUUAUUGCAUCCUGAGCUAACAAUGCCGAUGUUCUCAGAGAUAACAGACCGAUUUCGCUAUGCCAGGCCAGAAGUGAGACAGCUUCUUUUACAAUAUCUGCUACCCUGGUUACACAAUAUGGAACUGGUAGAUCCAAAUAUCCCACCAACUAAUACCCAUAUGUAUCAGUUUUAUGCGAACGAAAUCGGCACAGAAAGAAAAGAAGGCUGGGGUUCUGCUGAGGCGACCGAAAUGGUGUUGAACAACAUCUUUUACAUAACCGCUAAAUUUGGCGACUAUCACCCGAAAGAAAUCGAAGCCAUCUGGGCAACACUCUGUACAUCAUGGCCCAACAAUAUGAAAGUCAUCAUCAGGUAUUUGAUCAUUGUAUCUGGUAUGGCUCCAUGCGAUCUUCUGCCCUAUGCAAAGAGGGUAGUUUUGUAUUUGGCUAGAGUACAAUCGGUGAGAUUACUAGAUGAGAUGAUGGUCGAACUACAGACAGUCGAAACUCUUAACUGUCUCAUCGAGAGGACGGAAACGCCUCCAUUUUAUCGAUUGACAGUCAUGCGCAAAGCAUCAAGUCACUCGGACGGAACGAAUGGAGUGUCUGGACAUGCUGAUCCCAGUAGUAGAAAUGAUCUAAGCAUUGAAAAAGGAACGAUACACACUAAGAGACAUAGCGGGGAAGACCCCUCCAAAAAUGCUGUAGCUAAAUCAGAUUCCAGCACAAAUGUCUUUUCCGAUUUUGCUAUGUCUAGACCGGAAAAACAAAGAAAUCAGGAUGAGUUGACAAAUUCACUAGAAGAAGUGGUCAUUGAAGAGGAUGUACUACUUCGAGACAAAGUUGAUAUGUCGCUGCCACAACCGCAUCCCCUUCCUAUGCCCGAAUUUGGAGGUUAUUUUGCUCCGUUAACCGAGUAUUUGCCAGAUAGUUCACAGCCAAUAUCCGGUUUCCAUAGGUGUAAUGUAGGGGUGAUGCUACUCUGUGAUAUAGUCGUAGACGGCAUCGAGCUAGACUGGACCAUCCACGUUCCGCUUAUGUUACACAUCCUAUUCUUAGGCCUGGAUCACACCCGUCCGCUAGUAUACCAACACUGCAAACAGUUGUUGCUCAACUUGCUUAUUGUACUGGCCCAUCACAACGAUCACUUGACCGUUUCACAUGUAUUGCUCAACAGCAAAACCAAGCAACUAGAGUUGGGCUUGUCUACUCCUACCUUGUCGUCAGUAAUCGAACAUGCUUUCACAGAAUCUGAUCCUUUGUUCAACGAAUUUCUCCAACAUCAGAUGGGAACAAGUACUGCCGUUGAAACUUCUAGUAAAUCAGACAUACAAAGUUCUAAAAGCGAAGAAUCAACUGAAGAAAAAGAGAGUGUAGUACCACAAGUGAUCGUGAUACCAGAAACCGCAGAACCAGCGCCAAUCAGGAUCGAAAUAACUUUAUCAGUCCUCGUAAAAUCCGUCAUAGAAUUCCUAGCGACUCGCCAGAACGCCCCACUAUGGAACUACGAAGACAUCACAGCGAAAGUUUGGUCUAUAAAAAGUGCCGAGCAAAUCGACAUGUUCAUGCAAUACGUCCUCAAAAUAUUCAGAGAAUCCUUGCCUAAUGCCCACAUCAACGAAAGAUGGGCCCAAACGGCCUUACAGCUAGGCCUCAGUUGCUCGUCCAGACACUAUGCCGGCAGAUCCCUACAAAUCUUCAGGGCCUUAAGAGUUCCAAUCAGUUCCAGGAUGCUAUCAGACAUCCUGAGCAGGCUAGUAGAGACAGUAGCUGAGCAGGGCGAAGACAUGCAAGGCUACGUGACAGAAUUACUCCUCACUCUUGAAGCGGCAGUGGAGUCUCUGGAGUCCGAUUUCCGGCCGCUGGAUUUCAUGAAGGACUUCUUCAAGUCCACUCCUAACCUCAACAACAAAGAGGCGAUUCCCUCGAAGCAGAACCCCGAGGGAUCUCCUGUGAAUAUCACCGGUAGUCCCAUGUUCAAUUAUUCCUCGCACGCAAGGAGUACAAGUUAUUCCGUUUCUUAUGGGUUGAGGAAGGGCGGGCAGAGCUCUAGUGACGUCAAGGAAAGAGGCAGGCACGAAACUGGCCUCAACAAGUUUUCGGCUAAUCUGUCGAGAUCUCGGUCUGCUCAGAGCCUCAAGAUGCUGGGCGAUACUGCCACGCAGGACGAUAAACUGACUAUUUUAGCUCAGCUUUUUUGGUUGGCAGUGUCUCUGCUGGAAUCUGAUUACGAGCAUGAAUUUCUGUUGGCUGUUAGACUGUUGGCCAGCGUGAUGCAUAGGCUGCCUCUAGAUAGACCGGACGCCAGGGACAAGGUCGAGAAACUGUUGUCUCAGCUCAGAUGGAUUUAUUUUCCUGGUGUUCAUGCAUUAUUACUGAAGGGAUGCACUCACCCUAACAUAUACGAACCAGUGGUAGCCCUUCUCUCGCACUUCACCCCACUUCUGAACUUCGUUGUCGUCGACCCGUCACAAAGUAUAGCGUUCCCGAUGAACGUGAUAGCGCUGCUUCCCUACAUGCUCUUGAACUACGAAGAUGCCAACGAACUUUGCAUCCGAGCCGCCGAGAAUAUCGCUCAAGUGAGCAUCGAGAAGAGUAAAAAACUAGAGAAUCUUGGAACCGUCAUGAACCUAUACAGCAGGAGAACGUUCAGCAAAGAGAGUUUCCAAUGGACCAAAUGCGUGGUCAAGUAUCUGCACGAUACUUACUCACACUUGAGCUUGAACAUGUUAUCGUUCCUCAUCGAAAUUUUGGAAAAAGGUCCGAAUAACUUGCAGAUGCCCAUUUUGAAUAUAAUUCAUUGUAUUCUGCAUCACGUUGACUUGGCAUCGGCUGCCGCACAGCCUGUGAAUGCCGACUUGCUCAAGGUCAUAGUGAAGUACAUCGAAGGGCCUAACUGGAAGGAAGCUUUGAAAAUUCUGAAACUGGUGGUUAGCAGGUCCAGUUCUCUGGUUGCCCCACCGAUUUCUAUACAUUCCCACUGGGAAAGCACUUUCACUUCGAUGCCUCAUCCCACUUUCAACGAAGACAAUGUUUUCGCCAAAAAAGAAUUGCCAGGAAGGACAAUGGAGUUUACUUUUGACAUGUCUCAAACUCCGGUGAUUGGUCGCAGGUUCUUGAACAAACCAGAAGAGCCUACCACCUCAAGAACUUCUGCGACUCCUAGAAGAUCUUGUUCGAUAAGUCCCGCCGAUGCUUCAUCUCAGUCUGGAUGGAAGCGGCCUUGGAUGUGUCAGGGAAGAGUGAGAGAAUGUCUAGUGAAUCUUUUGACGACGUGCGGUCAACGAGUCGGUCUUCCUAAAAGUCCUUCGGUUAUAUUCAGUCAGACUUCCGACAUCAUCGAGAGACAAUCGAGCAUGGCUUCUAGCACCGAAGAAAUGUCCGGCGGAAACAACGACAUGAGCGGUGGGUCCAGACGGGACGAUGCUGCAACUGAAUUCGGCGUUUUCAAAGACUUUGAUUUCCUGGAAUAUGAGAGCGAAAGCAUAGAGGGUGAGAGUACUGAUAACUUCAACUGGGGAGUACGCCGUAGACCGUUAAGUCAAGGCGAAGACGACCAGACUGUUACAAAACAGCUCGAAGAUAGUUUCAGCGAAAAAACACCCAUUUUGACAGUCCGAAAGGUACACAUAUGUCCUUUUAAUCAUAAUCGAAUGUUGGCCGAGGAAUCGUCUGAUGAUGAAGUUGGCUCAGAAUCACCUUUGGAUGAAAUUGCUAUCGCUCCUGAAUUCGAUAAUAGUAUGAUCGAUAGCAGUUCUAUGUUUCCCCCGUCCAGUUUAGCUUUGAGGGAAAAUACUUCUCAGGUUCAAUCUAGUGCACGAUCUGAUACCAGUGGUUCAAGUGCAGGUGAUUUGGGUGAAGUUACACCGUGCAAUGCUUCACCAAAUUUGUCCUCUGCGAUGAAUUUGAGAGCGAUUUCUCGGAAUGACGUUCUAGAAAAUUGGACUACAUACAUACAGACCAAUAUGCUGCAGACCCCUGCUAAUACUCUUCAGUUCUUCCAUCAGUUUCAAAAAUUAGUUGUGGAUAUAUGCUUGUCAGCCAUCGAGGUCACAAGAGAAUCCUGUUCCUACAUGUCCCAGUCGGCAGUGAGCGGUCUACCUACCAUCAAGCUAAUCGGCUCCAGACUUUCGUCCAUGAUCGACAUCAUCAGCUUUCGUGUUCUACCGGGAAAUUUGAUUUGGUUCAACACGUUAGCCAUCAGCAACUCGAAGUUUUUCGAGACUUUGAAGUAUGGCAUGUUGCAAGUGCAGGAACAUUUGGAAACGUUUUGUGAUAAAAGGGAGCAAGCAGCCAUGUUUUGUGAUGCUGUCAAGACUACUUUGAAAUUAGAACAACUUAGUGGCCAACAAUCCGAUUUUCAUCACGAACAGUAUCUGCUCGAUUUAGGUAAAGCUCUGUACAAGCUUUAUUUUCAACUUUUGCUGUUGAUUGAAGCUGGCAAUAAGAUGGUGGUGACUCUGCAUGGCAGUUUGAAAACCGCUGAUUUCAAAGAUGUGACCAUGGACGUUCUUUCCAUAAAACAUGCCCUCACGAGGGCAUACGAAGACACUGAUGCGGACGGGGGAAUAUCCUCGGGAGUGACUGGCAGCGUCAGUUCCGAGAAUUUGCUCGCGAAUUUGUGCAGAUUGAUCGAAAACGAGAAAUGGACAUCUGUCAUUUUGUAUUUCAAAUUUAACAAGGAGGAGUUCAUGAAAGAAUUUGACGAGCUGUGCGAUAGAGAGAACAACGUGAUAACGAUAUUGAAUAUUUAUUGUAAGAAGCUAGUUCAUGACAAACCAGAAUAUUUUGUGAUAACAAAUCAAGAGUCCGACUUGGCGGACGUUUUUGGAAGACUGUUUCAAGUAUCAGCGGCUGUGUCUGAUCUAGAAGGGGUGUUGAAAGAUCAGCCUAGUAAAUCUUCAGAUACACAAACCAAAUAAUCUAGAGGUAGAUGAAUGUUAUUUCUCUAUAUCGUAUUAUAAUAAUUAUAUAUUGCAUUUCCAAUUAUAGUGAAGGGUUAAUGCAAUUCUAUUUUUGAAAUCGGUUGUUUUCUCUAGUUCACCUAGUAGAAUUCAUCACGGUGUUCUUUGGCACCUUGUAUAUAAGAAGGUGAAGAAGAGUUCCAGUGUUUUUUGAAAUACCUGUUGAUCUAUCAGAUAGGUAUAUUUCAGUUUGAUGGUGCAUCUCCAUCUUUCUACUCAAGUAAAACUGAACAUUUUUUUAAAUUUUUUUUCUUUUUCAGAUACUUCUAAUAAUAUUUUACCUAUUAUAAAUGAAUCACCCUAUAUCAUUCUUAUUGAUUAUGCGAAUGAAUAGAGUGGCAUUAACUCUCUGAUGGCUCUAAUUAUCAUAAGUUGUGUAAAAAUAAGGUAUUUAUAGAAUUUUUAUGUAAGAAUACGACAACGAA